AUGUCUGUCUUUCUGCUCAGGUAUUUCCCAUUCGGAAUAGUGUUCCUAAUUGCGGGCAAAAUCUUAGAAAUGGAUGAUCCUUCAGCCAUUGGAAAGAAACUAGGUUUCUAUGCCAUUACCGUGGUGUGUGGCUUGGUCGUGCACGGGCUCUUUAUCCUGCCAAUGAUGUACUUCUUCAUCACCAAGAAGAAUCCCAUUGUCUUCAUCCGAGGGAUCCUUCAAGCCUUGCUCAUUGCCCUGGCCACAUCCUCCAGUUCAGCCACCCUGCCUAUCACUUUCAAGUGCUUGUUGGAGAACAACCACGUGGACAGGAGGAUUGCGAGGUUUGUGCUGCCUGUGGGGGCCACCAUCAACAUGGAUGGGACUGCGCUCUACGAAGCGGUGGCAGCCAUCUUCAUCGCGCAAGUAAACAAUUAUGACCUGGACUUUGGGCAGAUUAUUACUAUAAGCAUCACGGCGACGGCUGCCAGCAUAGGCGCCGCAGGGAUCCCGCAGGCCGGCCUGGUCACCAUGGUCAUUGUCCUCACCUCGGUGGGACUCCCCACAGAUGACAUCACCUUAAUUAUUGCCGUGGACUGGGCUCUGGACAGGUUUAGAACCAUGAUCAACGUCCUGGGAGACGCGCUGGCCGCCGGGAUCAUGGCCCACAUCUGCCGGAAGGAGUUCCUCAAGGACGGCGACGAGGUGCCAUUGAUCUGUGAAUCCAAGCCUCUUAACGUCCGUCAGAUUGUGGCUUGCCAGCGAAACGGCUGCGUGAAGACCAUGGACGAGGCUCGUGGCCCGGACACAGGGACAGAGUUUCAGCACCACAUACCGGUACAAGUGGAGCAAGAAGAGAGCCCGGUGGAGAAUCAAACCAAGAAAUCCGACAGCAAGGACCACUGCACUAUUGAAAUAAAUGAACUAGAGACAAACGUGUAA